AUGAGCGCCGCCACUGUUGGCACAGCUAUCGUGCCCUCGGCCCUUCUGGUCGCAGGUGUCUAUGCUGUGAAGCCCGAGUAUAUCACCUACGCAGUCGCUGCGGCUGCCCUGAUCACCAGCCUGGCGCUCUUGGCCGGUGGAAGCAGUAAGCCGCGCAAGGUACUGAACCCGACCGAGUUCCAGGAGUUUGUCCUCAAGGAAAAGAACGAGAUCUCCCACAAUGUCGCCAUCUAUCGCUUCGCUCUGCCCCGUCCCACCGAUAUUCUCGGUCUGCCUAUCGGUCAGCACAUUUCCCUGGCUGCCACUAUCCCUGGUCAGCCCAAGGAGGUCGUCCGCUCGUACACCCCCAUCUCAUCCGACAAUGAGGCUGGUUAUUUCGAUCUCCUGGUCAAGGCAUACCCGCAAGGCAACAUCUCUAAGCAUCUUACCGAGCUGAAGAUCGGUCAAACCAUGAAGGUCCGGGGUCCCAAGGGUGCCAUGGUGUAUACUCCCAACAUGUGCCGCCACAUCGGUAUGAUCGCUGGUGGUACCGGUAUCACCCCUAUGCUCCAGGUCAUCGAGGCCAUCAUUCGCAAUCGUCCCCGCAAUGGUGGUAACGACACCACCAAGGUCGAUCUGAUCUUUGCCAACGUCAACCCUGAGGAUAUCUUGCUCAAGGAUAAACUGGAUAAGCUGGCCCAGGAAGAUGCGCAGUUCAACGUCUACUAUGUCCUGAACAACCCUCCUGAGGGUUGGACCGGUGGUGUUGGCUUUGUCACUCCCGAUAUGAUCAAGGAGCGUCUCCCGGCUCCGGCCAACGACGUCAAGAUUCUGCUCUGUGGUCCUCCCCCCAUGGUCAGCGCCAUGAAGAAGGCCACCGAGUCUCUCGGCUAUACCAAGGCUCGUCCUGUAAGCAAGCUCGAGGACCAGGUUUUCUGCUUCUAG